AUGGACGCGCCGCGGCCCUUCCGCCCGCCCGGGCCCGGGCUCGGCCCGGCCGUCCCCAUGGCUCGGGGGCUCCGCGGCCUCUCGGCCUUCUCCUCUCGCCUGCCCUCGCCCGGCCCCGCUCAGCCCCGACCCCCGUCGUCGCCCUUACCCGCGUUGUUCCGCGGGCUGGGCCUGGAUGAGCGGCCUCUGGAGAGGCCCCUCGGCCGGGGUGGUGUUGGCGAUGGGAAGGCUCUGGCUCGGCCCGGCCCGGUGCAGCAGCAGCAGCAGGAGGACAAAGGGGCAGCACUGGCGGCGCUCCCCACUCGUGGGCAGACACAGGGGACGAAGCCGGUGGGGAAGGGAGCCCCCGUGUCCGUGGGGCUGAACUUUGUAAAGAUCCACUGCCAGAAUGAAGCUGUCUACCAGUACCACGUGACUUUCAGCCCUGAGGUGGAGUGCAAGAGUGCCCGCUUUGCCAUGCUGAAGGAGCAGUGUGCCGUCACUGGGGACGUGAUGGCCUUCGAUGGCUCCAUCCUCUUCCUGCCCAUCCAGAUCCCCAAGGUCAGUGUGAAGGCUCGGAGGAAGAACAAUGAGGAGAUUUCCAUCAACAUCCAGAUGACCAAAAUCCUGGAGCCCAGCUCGGAUCUCUGCAUCCCCUUUUAUAACGUGGUUUUCCGCAGGGUGAUGAAAAUCCUAAACAUGAGCCUGGUUGGGCGACAUUUUUUCGAGCCUGCCCAGGCCACCACUCUACAGAAAUACAGCCUCCAUAUCUGGCCGGGAUACGCUGUCAGCAUCCGUAGGAAGGACGGAGGGCUCUUCCUCAUGGUGGACGCCAUCCACAAGAUCAUCCGCAGCGACUCCGUCCUGAGCGUGAUGCAAACCAUCCACUCCCAGAGCCAGAGGACGUUCCAGGAUGAGUGCACCAAGCAGCUGGUGGGGACCGUGGUCAUGACCCGCUACAACAACCGCACCUAUCGCGUGGACGACAUCGACUGGGACAAGACCCCCAAGGACACUUUCACCCUGGCCAGCGGCCAGGAGAUCACCUUUGUGGAGUACUACAGCCAGACCUACGGGAUCACCAUCAGGGAGCUGGACCAGCCGCUGCUCGUCCACAAGCCCAAGGAGAAACUGCUGCCAGAGGGGAAGGUGAGCCAGUUGGUGCUGCUCGUGCCGGAGCUCACCUUCCUCACCGGGCUCUCUGACCUCCGCAAGAACAGUCGGAUGCUGAAAGAGGUGAUGUGGGAGAUGAUCCAGAGCCCCCAGCAGCACUACCGGCGCCUCACCAGCCUCCUGUCCCGCAUCCGGGAGACUCCGGACGCUUCCCGGGAGCUGGAGCGCUGGGGGCUGUGCCUGGACACGGAUAUCUACAGGACCCAGGGUCACAUCCUGCCCGUGGAGCGGAUCAACCUCCGGCACCGCUCCUUCCUUCCCGCCGAGGACCUGGGCUGGCACCGGGAGGUGACGAAGGAAGUGCCCAUCGCCGUGAUCUCCAUCAAUUCCUGGCUCCUGAUGUAUCCCAAGCGGCUGCAGCACCUGGCCAAGGACCUGCUGGUGGCCAUGAGGAGCAGCUGUGGAGCCAUGGGAAUGCAGGUGGGACAGCCCACGGUGCAGGAGCUGCGGGACGACCGCAUCGAGACCUACGUCAGGACCAUCCAGAGUUCUCUGGGAAGCCAGGACAAGGUGCAGCUGCUCCUGUGCAUCAUCCCGGGCAGCCGGGACGACAUCUACGGGGCCGUCAAGAAGCUCUGCUGUGUGCAGACCCCGGUGCCCUCCCAGGUCAUCAACGCCCAGUCCCUCACGGGCCAUCCUGGCAAGAUUAGGAGCGUGGUGCAGAAAGUUCUGCUGCAGAUCAACUGCAAGCUGGGCGGGCAGCUCUGGGGGGUUGAUAUCCCACUGAAGCAGCUGAUGGUUGUGGGCAUGGACAUCCACCACAGCCGGAGCCAAGGGAUGCGCUCUGUCAUCGGCUUUGUGGCCAGCAUGAACCACACCCUCACCAAGUGGUACUCCAGGGUGGUUUUCCAGAUGCCCCACCAGGAAAUCGCCGACAGCCUCCGGCUCUGCCUCUCCCAAGCCCUCAAGCGCUUCUAUGAGCUGAACCACUCACUGCCCAUGAAGAUCGUGGUGUACCGGGACGGGGUGUCCGACCCCCAGCUGGACACCGUGCUGAAGUACGAGGUGCCCCAGCUCCAGAAGAGCUUCCAUACCUUCCAAAAUUACCAGCCCAGCCUCGUGGUGGUGGUGGUGCAGAAGCAGCUGAGCACCAACUUCUACUGCCUGGCAGGAGAGGAGUUCGUGUCCCCUCCCCUGGGCACCGUCAUCGACCACAGCGUCACCAGCUCAGGCUGGCAGGAUUUCUUCCUGCUGGCCCAUCACUCGCGGCAGGGCUGCAGCGUUCCUACGCGCUACAUCUGCAUGUGGAACACAGCCAACCUCAGCUCUGAGCACCUCCAGAGGUUGACCUUCAAGCUGUGUCACCUGUACUGGAACUGGCCGGGCACCGUCCGUGUCCCUGCCCCCUGCAAGUACGCCCACAAAUUGGCAUUCCUGGUGGGACAGGUCCUGCACCACGAGCCCAGCGCCCACCUCAGCGAGCAGCUCUUCUUCCUUUAACCUGCCAGGACCCAGGAAAACCAGGAUUGAACCCAGAAAAAAGCUGGGAUGGCGCUGGGAAAACGGGGAUUGCACCCAGAAUUCCGCUCCCCACCCGCUGCUGUUUGCCCUUCCCCGCCAAGGGGGAUCUUCCUCAAUUCCCUGUUUUGGUGUUAAUUUAUUCUUUGUUGGUUUAGAGGAUGCUGGGGAUUGCAACAGCAUCCCAGGGCUGUGGGUUUUUUGGGAAUUAUCUCCAUGGGGAUGAACCCAAAGGAAUAUCCUGCUGGUUUCCAGCCCUCCCCAUAAAGGGGGUUGAAUUAAUGAGCCCCAAAAGUGCUGCUGCUCCCACAGCUCAUCCCUAUGCAGGUGCUGGAUAUAAAUCCCAAAGAUUUUGGGGUUUUUUCCUCCCCAGUUUCUUGCAUUUCUACGCAGGUUUGAAGGUUUUUUUCCUGGGCUUUUUCAAGCUGCUGUUGAACAAACUAGCUCCAGUUUGGCCAGUUCUCCUGUCCUUGAAGAGUCACUGGUUUUCCAAGG